AUGCAUAAUGAGAUUGAGAUUCAAGUGCCUGAGAAGUCCCCGUCGACCCCUCUCCCACGGGAAAUGAUUACCCUGGAGACUGCUCUAGAAAAAUUGGAAGGAGAGUUACAGGAAGCCAAUCAGAACUAUCAGGCUUUGAAGAGAAGCUUCCUAGAACUGACUGAAUUCAAACAUCUCCUGAAGAAAACCCAGGACUUCUUUGAGACGGAAACCAAUUUAGCUGAUGAUUUCUUUACGGAAGACACUUCUGGUCUGCUGGAGUUAAGACCUACGCCUGCAUACAUGAGUGGAAAGCUGGGGUUCACGGCUGGUGUGAUUAACCGGGAGAGGAUGGCUUCCUUUGAGAGGCUGCUGUGGCGAAUUUGCCGAGGAAACAUCUACUUAAAGUUCAGUGAGAUGGACGUGGUUCUGGAAGAUCCUGUCACAAGAGAAGAAAUUAAAAAGAAUAUAUUCAUCAUAUUUUAUCAAGGAGAGCAGCUCAGGCAGAAAAUCAAGAAAAUCUGUGAUGGGUUUCGAGCCACUGUAUACCCCUGCCCAGAGCCGGCGCCAGAGCGCAGAGAGAUGCUGGAUGGUGUCAACAUGAGGCUGGAAGAUUUAAUCACCGUCAUAACACAGACAGAGUCUCACCGUCAGAGCCUCCUGCAAGAAGCAGCUGCCAACUGGCACUCCUGGGUCAUUAAAGUGCAGAAGAUGAAGGCCAUUUACCACAUCCUGAACAUGUGCAACAUCGACGUCACCCAGCAGUGCAUCAUCGCCGAGAUCUGGUUCCCGGUGGCAGACACUGUGCGCAUCAGGAGGGCGCUGGAGCAAGGCAUGGAACUAAGUGGCUCCUCCAUGGUCCCCAUCAUGACAGCAGUGCAGUCUAAAACAGCUCCUCCCACCUUUAACAGGACCAAUAAGUUCACAGCUGGCUUCCAGAAUAUUGUAGAUGCGUAUGGCGUUGGCAGCUACCGGGAGAUGAACCCAGCUCCCUACACCAUCAUCACUUUCCCCUUCCUGUUCGCCGUAAUGUUUGGAGACUGUGGUCAUGGAAUUGUGAUGCUACUGGCAGCCCUUUGGAUGGUCCUUAAUGAGAGACACUUGCUCUCCCAGAAGACGACCAAUGAGAUUUGGAAUACCUUCUUCCACGGACGCUACCUCAUCCUCCUCAUGGGCAUCUUCUCCAUCUACACUGGCCUGAUUUACAACGACUGCUUCUCCAAGUCUUUCAACAUCUUUGGCUCUUCCUGGAGCGUCCAACCCAUGUUCAGAAAUGGCACAUGGAAUAUGCAAGUAGUGGAAGCAAAUCCAUAUUUACAGCUGGACCCAGCCAUUCCAGGAGUGUACUCUGGAAAUCCAUACCCUUUUGGGAUUGAUCCGAUUUGGAACUUGGCUUCAAACAAGCUAACGUUCUUGAACUCCUAUAAGAUGAAGAUGUCAGUUAUCCUGGGAAUUGUCCAGAUGGUUUUUGGGGUUAUUCUCAGCCUGUUCAAUCACAUAUUCUUCAGAAACACUCUCAACAUCAUUCUGCAGUUCAUCCCAGAGAUGAUUUUUAUCCUGUGUCUCUUUGGAUACCUGGUUUUCAUGAUCAUUUUCAAAUGGUGCUCCUUCAACGUCUCUGUGUCCCAGCAAGCCCCGAGCAUCCUCAUCCACUUCAUCAAUAUGUUCCUGUUUAACUAUAAUGACCCUUCGAACGCACCCCUGUACAAGCAUCAGCGAGAAGUCCAAAGCUUCUUCGUUAUUAUGGCUUUGAUUUCUGUGCCAUGGAUGCUUCUGAUUAAGCCGUUUAUCCUGAGAGCCAAUCAUCGAAAAUCCCAGCUGCAGGCCUCCAGGAUCCAAGAAGAUGCCACCGAGGACAUUGAAGGUGACAGCUCUAAUCCUUCCAUGAGCUCUGGUCACAGGGCUUCUGCAGGUGCCCAUGGGGCUCAGGAUGGCCAUGAUGAAGAGUUCAACUUUGGAGACAUCUUUGUGCAUCAGGCCAUUCACACAAUCGAGUACUGCCUGGGCUGCAUUUCCAACACAGCCUCCUACCUCCGGCUCUGGGCCCUCAGCCUGGCGCAUGCACAACUGUCUGAAGUGCUCUGGACCAUGGUGAUGAACAUUGGCCUUCGUGUGCAAGGCUGGGGAGGACUCAUUGGGGUCUUCAUCAUUUUUGCCAUAUUUGCUGUUCUGACAGUAGCCAUCCUUCUGAUCAUGGAGGGCCUCUCUGCUUUCCUGCACGCCCUGCGGCUGCACUGGGUGGAGUUCCAGAACAAGUUCUACGUCGGGGCUGGUUACAAGUUUUCUCCAUUCUCCUUUAAACAAAUCCUGGAUGGGACAGCUGAGGAGUAGCUGCACGUCUGGUGGCUGUGGCCACCUCUUCCAUCGGUCACCACCUCCAUCGGUCUCCUCCUCCAUUGGUCACCUCCUGCACCAGUCUCUGUGCCAAUGAAAUUUCAUCUUGUCUUUAAUGUCAGCCUGCGUAAGGCAGUCAAUGGAAUGAUUGUUCUCACUAACUGGAGGCAGGAAGCCAUGUAUUAUUUAUCUGUAAGCCUUGGGAUUUAAUAUGACUUAACCAUGUCAUAGAGAAACUACAUAGGCAAGUCAUUUCAACCUCAUGUGGGGCCUUAAUUGUCAAAUACUAAAGUGAUUGAGAAAUGGGGAGAGGGGAGUGCCAAACUGAUGUUUUCUGGUGAUUAAA